AUGGCUAAUACAGUUCAACCCCUGUGUGUACCUUCUUCUUACAAAGAUCAACAGUAUCAGGGAUCUUCAACAGAUCUCGCCAAAGAUCUUUCCAGCAGUACGACUCUUUAUGUUGGAAACUUAUCUUUUUAUACAACAGAAGAACAAAUUUAUGAAUUAUUUUCAAAAGUUGGAGAAAUAAAAAGAAUAAUUAUGGGUUUAGAUAAAUUUCAAAAGACUCCUUAUGCCUUAGAUUGUAUGAAAUAUAUAAACAGUACAAAAUUAGAUGAACGAAUCAUCAGGACAGAUUUAGAUCCUGGUUAUAGAGAUGGAAGACAAUAUGGAAGAGGAAGGUCUGGCGGUCAGGUUCGUGAUGAAUACCGUCAAGACUAUGAUGUUGGACGAGGUGGUUGGGGUCACGUUCCAUUAACAUCCAAGAAACGUGGUAGACAGGAAGAAGAACAAGAAGAAAAUUAUGGUCAUGAAAAAGCUAAGAACCCGCGUUUUAGGGAAGAUAGAUCCGAUGAUGAUGAAAUGCAGACCGAUCUUUGA